UGUAUUGAAUCAGUUUUGAUAAGCCAAUUCAACGAAGUUUUUCUAACAUUUUUUUCUGUGCAAUCAUUUUAAAUAAUUAUUGCGCAUUUGUUACCUUUGUUAUUGCUAAUUAGUUAUACAAAUAAGAGCGCUUAAUUUGUUGGACAUUUUUUACGAAGAAAAACUUCAAAAUAAUUAUCUGCUCAAAAUGGGAAACUCAACGUCAAACAGUAAUGAUGGUGGUGAAGUGCCCGAAGGUGGAGCUAACAAUAACAAGAAAAGUGGGCAUUCUUUAGCAGUUAAUGCUGCUCUCAAGGUCGAAAAUACAAUGAGCCGUUCAGCUUCUGGAGCAGAUGUAACCGAGAAAUAUUUUACACAAUUGGUUCCCAUUGAAAAGCUAUCCGAAAUUCUUAAAGAAAAAUCUUUAAAACAAGGUGUACAUGGAAUCACAUCGGAAGUGUUUGUGAGGUAGGUAUUUUUACCCUGAUCCCGGGAAACUAUUUUUUUCUUGGGGGACGGACCCGGGACCCCAGAUUUUUGACCCAAAAGUCCGGGAUCAAGACCCCGCCUGGACCCGGAUCCACUUACCCGAUAUAGACAAUAUGGGUAUCGAUUGAAAGCUUAUGGAAAUACCUAUCCAACAAGUGGUCACAUGAAGGGGUAAGUUGUCAUGGUUCGGAAGUUAUAGUCAAAUUAUCGAUUUUUUGGACCCG